AUGAAGACCGCCCAGACUCGAGCUGGUCCCGGAUGACCGGCGAGCAUCUCGAAGGGUUCCAUGCGAUCUGGUCGAACCCCUAUACCACACGCUGGAGCAGCAGAGGAGCCUGCAAGACGAUAGAGGAGAGCCGGGAGUGGAUGUCGGGCCUGCUGCUCGAGAACAACCCGCUGGGCGAAAACUACGCCGUCUUCGUUCGCUCCGACCUGCCUGCCUCCGAGCUCGACGAGAUCCAGCGAGAUGCGCCGGCCGAUUCCCCCUUGCAGUCCUGUGGCAUGAUCGGGUCGAUGGGCACCUUUCGCUCUGAUCCGGUGCCAGAGCUGGGCUACACCUUUCACCAGUCCGCCUGGGGUCGCGGCUUUGCGACCGAGGCCGUGACGGCCUUCCUGCAGCUCUUCUGGGCCAACAAGCCGCAGUUCGAUACGAUCGAGGCGUUCAGCGAUCCGGAGAAUGUCGGUUCGGUCAAGGUCCUGGUCAAGUCUGGCUUCGUCGAGGUCGAGAGACAGCCGGGCAGCUAUGAGAUACCGUGGAUGACGCCCCCGAAGCGAGACCUGGUACGAUUCCGAGCAACGAGAGAGAAGGUGCUGAACUGA